AGGGAGGGAGGGUAUUCUCCUCUUUCCUCUCCGAGGCGAGUGCAAAGGAGAGGGUGGGUGGCUAAGACUUGUUGAUGUGGAAGAUGGGUUGAUCUAUAGACGGAAACAAGAGUCACCCUUCAUCGUUUUUCUUACAGCGCGGGAUUGAUGCCAAAUGCGCUUUUGCGCGGGAGAGGUGUGCGUGUGCAAUGGUGCCUAUAGAUAGCCUAUGUGUUUCCAUGCUGGGUCUCCUAUCCUGUCUUUUCGAUUACGCACCUGAUUGCUGUCUCUCCAACGAACGGUGGGUUUAAUAUGAAAUUCCCCACAGCCGUAUUGUCUCCUCCGCAUCCGGCAGCGUAAGUUUAUCUAUUUGUAUGCAGUUGUCACACCGCCCAGACGUCAUCCGCACAGGACCCGGUUAAGCUUAGGUUAGCCUACAUUUUCUUUUCUCUCCAAUCGGUGUACAAUCGUCCAUGUUGUGUGUGUGUUUCUCUUGGACCACAAUACCAAUCUACAAUGACAGCUCAGAUGUGAAUGGAAGUGGACUAUACAAAGAGAAGACGUGAAAACGCAUCAUGCAGCCAUGCGGUCGGAUAGGUAUAGCCUAUAUUGCUAUUCAAUAGGCCUAGAUAUAGCCACGUUUGAUAUUUACGUAUUACUUUGAUGUCGUAUUUAUCGUACUGACAUGUAUUGGUUAAUAUUUGACUCUCCAAGAUGAAUGGCCAUUUCAGGAGCAGUGUCGCGUAUUGAAUGGUCAGCUUGGCUAAUAUUUCUGCGUAAACGUCGUGUACCUAAGCUGUACCCUGGCGAGUGAGUGCCCAUCGUCCGACGGUGAUAAUCACCCAGAAAAGCGCUUUUGUUUGUUUGUUUGGACGGCUGGCGGAACACACGCGCGCACACACACUCAACACAGCGUGGCCACCGCUGUCCAGCGUGCUGAGUUCUGAAUCCUGCACCGGUCUCCAGGACGAGAGGAGGGAAGGAAGACAAAAGGAGAAGAAGAGACAGGAGUGUGGGAAGGGGAGGCUACAACACACACUGGACAUUUAGCAGGGGAUGGAAGUGAAAAUGUCACCCAAUAAAUCGAAAAUCAAUACGCAGAUAUGACUGUUGAGCAAUCUCGUUUGGGGUGAGUUUUUGCCAAGCAAUUUCACCAGCUAGACUCCUGAUGAAAAUAUGGAAUGAAAUAAUUUUAUGACAACAGUUUCAUGAUUCUCACGAACCGUACAAUUAAUGAUAACGCAAUGUUUCAUAAGCACUAAAAUGUAGUGUCUGUACACUAAAGGCAGUUAUCAAAAAGUAGACUACUAUUUAAAUAUACCUGAUUCUACACCACGGACCGUCUAGCCGCCAAUAUGGGACUGUGACCGUGCUGCGAGCGACUAGAGGCGGUUGUUUAUGUGGUCUGUGCUCCGUGUGCGGACGGAGUGCGGACCGGACCUGAGCAGCAGUGAGACAUUGAGCCAUGGCAGCCGCUAUUGCCAGCGGUCUGAUCCGGAAGAAGAGGGAGGCACGGGAGCAGCAUGUAGACCGACCACCCCCAAACAGGCGGAGGAAGAGCCCCAGUAAGAACAAGGGGCUCUGCAAUGGCAACCUGGUCGACAUCUUCUCCAAAGUGCGUAUCUUCGGCCUGAAGAAGAGGAGACUACGGAGACAAGAUCCCCAGCUCAAGGGUAUAGUGACCAGGUUAUAUUGCAGGCAGGGAUACUACUUGCAAAUGAACCCAGAUGGUUCUCUCGAUGGGACCAAGGAUGACAGCAGUAACUCCUCUUUGUUCAACUUGAUUCCUGUGGGUCUCCGAGUUGUUGCGAUUCAGUCUGUGAAGACAGGGUUAUACAUCUCCAUGAACGGGGAGGGCCAUCUGUACACAUCAGAACUCUUUACGGCAGAAUGCAAGUUCAAAGAGUCUGUGUUUGAGAACUAUUAUGUGAUCUACUCGUCGAUGCUGUACAGGCAACAGGAAUCAGGGAGAGCUUGGUUCCUGGGGCUCAACAAAGAGGGCCAAGCCAUGAAGGGGAAUCGAGUGAAGAAAACAAAACCAGCUGCUCACUUCCUGCCCAAGCCAUUAGAAGUUGCUAUGUACAGAGAGCCAUCGUUGCAUGAUGUAGGAGAGACCAAAGCGCCCAAAACAGCCGUUCCUCCCAGUAAAAGCACAACCGAGCCCCCAGUGAUGAAUGGAGGCAAACCAGUCAGCAAGCCUACUACUACUACUACUACUGCUACUGCUGCUAAGCCCCCCACAUAGCCACAAUUCACCUGGUGUGUGUGUGUGUGUGUGUGUGUGUGUGUGUGUCUGUGUCUGUGUGUGUGUGUGUGUGUGUGUGUGUGUGUGUGUGUGUGUGUGUGUGUGUGUGUGU